AACUUUGAUCAUGUAAUUCAUGAAAAUUUGUUACACGUUUUAGAGGCAUUAAUAAAAUACAACUAUUGCAGAAUUAUAUCUGUUUUAUAAAUCUAAAACCUUUUUUUUUUAGGAAAAAAAUGUGCAUGUACCAUGGUGUAUUGUCUGCCUGUCAACUUGAAUUCUUCAUUAAAAAAAAAAAAAAAUGAAAUUGUGUCUAAACAUUACAUUCAACUUAGCUAAAAUAGAAGAACUCACCCAGCCAUAAUUUUGUCCUUUUUUGUCACAAAUGAAAUGCUGAUAGUUAAUAAGUCUCAUCUCAUCUCUGAUAAUCUCAUAUCUGAACUAUAAUUAAAGGGAAAAAAAGCACUGCAGCAUCAUCUUUAGUGGUUAUGAACUAUUUUGUGUGUUUAUUUCAGUUGACAUGCAGGAUGAUGCAGAGCAGAUGACAAAUCAGAAACUGAUGUUAUUUGUCUGUUUUUUCAAGGUUUUCUAGCAUCAAACUUUAAAGUUAAUUUUGAAGCCAUUUUGCUCACAUUAACCUGAAGAAAUCCUGAUAGUGUCUUCAGACACACACAUGACCAGAAGCUCCGCCCUCACCAGGAAGAGUCUGAUUCAUUUCUCUCUUCUGUCAGACUGGCUCUCGAUGACAAAAGCUGACAAAAGCUAACAAAAGUGAACAAGACUUUGAUGAAUGUGUCUGUGAUGAAUGAACAUUUUUUCAAGAAGCAUUUUUGAGCAGCUUCUUUGUGAUUCUUGUGAUUUAUUUUUGAAAGCAUCAUUCAGAAAGUGAAAGUGAAGCUGAUAUUGCUGUAGCACAAACAAUGGCUUCAUCAGCUGAAUAUGAUUAUAAUUGUCCUGUAUGUCAUGAAAUCUUCAAGACUCCUGUUAUUUUAUCAUGUAGUCACAGUUUCUGUAAAGAAUGUCUUCAACAGUUCUGGAGAACCAAGCAAACUCAGGAGUGUCCUGUCUGCAGGAGAACUUCAAGACAUCAGCCGCCAGUUAAUCUUGCUUUAAAAAAUUUGUGUGAGUCGUUCCUGAAGAAGAGCAAUGAGAGACGUGCAUCUGAGGAGAUCUGCAGUUUACACAGUGAGAAACUCAAACUCUUCUGUCUACAUGACAAACAGCCGGUGUGUUUAGUGUGUAGAGAUUCACAGCAGCAUGACAAUCACAAAUUCAGACCCAUCAGUGAAAUGGUUUCAUCACAUAAGGCAGAGCUCAAUACAGCACUGAAGUCCUUACAGGAGAAACUUCAAAACAAAGAAAACAUUAAAGGAGAGUUUGAGAAAAUGCUUCAACACAUCAACUCUCAAGCUGAGCACACAGAGCGUCACAUUAAACAGCAGUUUGAGAAGCUUCAUCAGUUUCUCAGAGAUGAAGAAGAAGCUACAGUCACUGCACUGAGGGAGGAAGAGGAGCAGAAGAAGCAGAUGAUGAAGGAGAAGCUGGAGGAGAUCAACAGACACAUCUCAGCUCUUUCAGACACAAUCAAAGACAUGGAGGAGAUGAUGAAAGCCAGUGAUGUCUGCUUUCUAAAGGAGUUUCCAGUCUCAAUGGAAAGAGUCCAGAUCUCACAGCCGGAUCCACAAACACCUUCUGGAGCUUUGAUUCAUGUGCCACGUUACUUGGGCAACCUGCCGUUCAGAGUCUGGAAGAAGAUGCAGGACGUCGUCCACAACACUCCUGUGAUUCUGGAUCCAAACACUGCAAAUCCACAUCUUGUCCCAUCUGAUGAUCUGACCAGUGUGAAAUGGAACUGGAUCAAUCAACCUGUUCCUGAUAAUCCAGAGAGAUUUGACUGGUAUCCCUGUGUUCUGGGUUCAGAGGGUUUUAACUCAGGAACACACUGCUGGGAUGUGGAGGUUAAAGAGAGUUCAGACUGGAUUCUUGGAGUAACUACAGCGUCAAACCCAAGGAAAGGACGUGAUUUCUAUAAGACUGGUGUCUGGAGUGCGUGGUACGAUCAGUACAGCUUGUCUGAGCAGCCUGUCUUUGGCUUUCGUGUUAAACAGCAGCUUGCUCGUGUGAGAGUGAAUCUGGACUAUGACAGAGGAACAGUGUCAUUCUCUGAUCCUGUAACUAACACACAUCUACACACAUUCACAACCACCUUCACUGACACACUCUUUCCAUUCUUCUGUUGUUAUACUAUUUUCACACUGAGGAUCUUACCGUUCAGUCUUACAGACUUCUAAUAGCUGCAAU